GUGAGUGGUGGAAGGCAGUAGUGAGGGUGUUGGAGGUGGUGUGGUUCACGGUGGUUUUCGUAGUGGAGUUUGUGCUGAGGACCAUGUGGGUGAGCGAUCGGACGACGCCAGUGAGUGGUGGUGCAGGGGUGGAACUCUGGCCGAGGAAGCUGGCCACGGCGAGGUUUUCGCUGGAGGAUAUGAAGGUGGUCAAGUCAGCAGUCGCUAAUGCGACCAUUAACGAUGUUCUCUUCGGGAUCAUAUCAGUCGACUUGUUCAAAUACAUGGACCACCAGUCUCCCAAUGCCGUGCGGGAAGGGACUCGAAUAACGGGAGUGGCUGUUGUUAACUUGCGAGAACAACAGGGAUUGCAGGAAAUAUCCAAUUUGAUGAAAGACAACCCGGGACUGAGGUGGGGCAACAAGUUCGGGAUUAUCCUCCUCCCCGUUCACUACAGCAGGAGUUGUGGUGACCCUCUUGAAUACCUGAGAAAAGCUAAGUCGAUGAUGGACCGGAAGAAGAAAUCCCUGGAGGCUCACUUCUCCUACAAAAUUGGGCAUAUGGUCAUGACUUAUCUAGGAGCACAUGCCGCAAGCCUGCUCAACUACAGGAUCGUCUGCAACACCACGUUCAGCAUCUCGAACGUGUUCGGCCCACGAGAGGAGAUCACGUUUGGGGGCAACCCCAUCACGUACAUAAGGGUGAACGCCUCGAGUUUACCCCACGCACUCACGAUGCACAUGGUGAGCUAUGCGGGGAGGGCGGACAUGCAAUUUCUGGUGGCCAAGGACAUCAUCCCCGACCCUGAUUUUCUGGCCAAGUGCUUUGAGGAUGCUUUGCUCGAAAUGAAAGCAGCAGCUUCUACUGCCUUGAACUCGAAGUAAACAGGGAAACAUUCCUGUGAGGUUAGGAGGGGAAAAUCUGUGUUUUAGUCUCAUACACGGGAAUAAAAAGAAUUGAUCACACUUAUAUGAUGUUCUAUUGGGACAAGAAGAACCAUUUUAGGCCAUCGAUCCGAAUUUCGUCUUAUGUCUUACAUUAUUGAUGAAGUUAGUAGGGUGUUGAUUGAGCUCAGGAUCUAUCCACUCUAUGUUGAGCUCCAUGCAAUUGAAAAGAGAAAUGAAGAGAACAAAGUCGAUUGUAUGGCAAAUAAA